CUUCCUGCCGCCGGGCCAGCGCGGGCGGGCGGGCGGGCGGCUCACCGCGCGAUGGAGGUCAGCCACUCCGUCAAGGAGCGCACCAUCGCCGAGAACAGCCUGGUCAUCCUGCUGCAGGGGCUGCGCGGCCGCGUCACCACCGUGGACCUGCGCGACGAGAGCACGGCCACGGGGCGCGUCACCAACGUGGACGCCUUCAUGAACGUGCGGCUGGCCGAGGUGACCUUCACGGACAGGCAGGGCACCGUGUCCCGCCUGGAUGAGCUCUUUGUGACCGGCAGGAACGUCCGCUACGUCCACAUCCCCGACGAGGUGGACAUCAGGGCCACCAUCGAGCAGCAGCUGCAAGCCAUCCACAGGGUCCGCUACUUCGGGGGCCGCGACAAAGGCAGGAAGGAAUUCCCUCGUGCCAAGCCCAAGUGAGCCCCAGCCGCUCUGGCCGCGCUCCGGACAUCCCGCCCAGGGACUCGGGGCUCCCCGCGGGGAAGCGGGGUUGUCAUUUUGCAAUUAAUAACCCGGUGUAAAAGGC